AUGGGUGCUCUUCUUCAAAAUUGUCGUACUGGCACCUGUAUGGUGCUUGCCACGAUCAAUUUUGUGGGUUGUUCUGUCGUCACUGUCAGGUUGGGUUACACGGUGCGACCUUCCACGCAGCCUCUAGAAUCGUCUGAGGGGGGCGCUGAGGAGCAGGGCGCAACUUCCAGCAAUUUCCACGCCCUGCGCGUCCCCGUCAAGUUCGACACGGACAGCAUUUCCUCCCACAACUGGUCUCCUCCUGGACGAGAUGAAAACAAUUUUACUCUCGAGGAAGGACCGCAGAUUCAAAUACAUCGUGUCACCUGUAAUCAGGACUUUCCUUCAACCUGGCAGCCUGCGCGUCGCAUCAUCACUUUCAUGGGCCUUGUCUCCCUCGUCUGCACCCUGCUGGUGGUGGCCAUCAUCCUCAUCGCCGUUGCCCUUUCCAGAUCGGGCCAUCCCCGAAAUACGACGCGUAUCAGACCUUCCAAAGUGGUUUAUCUCGUGCCUCCGCCUCGAAAGUUCGUCAAUCGAUCGCCCACCAUCGUCAUUCACAAGCACAAUGCCCGAAUAUGGCAAAAGCAUGUUGAAGAGUUGUCAACCUUGAUGAGGGCCUACAGGGAAAGACAAGGAACACUUUCCACCUCCAACUGUGACCUGCAUUAUGCACCAAUAGGUGUAUCCUCCUGCUCAUUUCCCUUGGACAAAAUCAGUGAAAACUGCACGGCACAAAACAAUUUUGGCUAUGACACCGGUAGUCCAUGUGUGGCUCUAGUCUUCAAUGCUUUUUCUGGGUGGACACCCAUCCCAUAUAAUGUGUCUAAUCCUUCUGAGAUUCCCCCAGAAGUCAGGAAAGACUAUGAUCCUCAUUUGAUGAGAAUCACCUGCAGGACUACUGUGGUAUCAUCUAAUUCAAGCAUGUUUGUCGAGGUCCAGUAUUCACCCUUUCCAGGAUUUCCUUUGCGAUUUCUACCAUCCCGAGGUAUGGGAUCGAGUCUUCCUCCGCUCGUGAUGGUCCAGUUUUUAGGCACUAAACCUGUGGCUGAUGUCGAUGUGCGGUGUACAUUAUGGGCAAAGAACUUACCUCGUAACACCACUGGAGAUGGAGGAAAUAUUAGAUUUAGCCUGUAUGUGGUAUAAUAAUGAAACUGCGAUUUUUUUCGAACUGGAACAUAUUAUGGAGAUCAAUCAAAAUAAGCUUGCUAUAAGAAUGGUGUGAUCUUAACAAUAAAUCCCUAGUUUCAUGAUACUGAAAAGUCAAGUUUCAUGUUUGGUCUGUUCUUAAAACAGAAGGUCCAAACAAUUGUGGUUGAUCAAGAAUAGUAACGAACAUGCCUCUUAAAACCCUUACGACGUCACGGCAAUCAGAUAAGACCUAUGAACGUAUUUCUGUGCUAUUAUUACUGACGAAGGGUGAAGAAAAACAUAGCUAAACCAAGUUAAAACAAGAGAAUAUCUGAUGCAGUUUGCAUAUGAGUUAAGCGUGAAUUUUAAGAUAUUUCUCUGUCACACUGAUAUUAAUUUAUCAAUAAUUGUGACAUUUCCUUAAAUGUUUGGUAUCCAAAUUCACUACAAAAAAUGGUACUGUCAGAAGAAGAAAGUAAGUUCGAUAUUGCUUUCCAAGAAGGAAAUGAAGUUUUCAUUUGAAAUUAUUCUACUUGAAAUGUGAGUUAUUCGAUGUUUUGGUUGUGUUUUGAUACUGUUGUGCUGCUGAUGUAAAUAAACGUAAAUUGGAUGUGUA